AUAUAUAAAUAGAUAUAAACAUAGUAUGUUUAUAGGAUUUUCCUAUGCAAAGUCAGGAAGAAUAUCAAGUCGAUUUAAAUAAUUCAAGAGAAGAGAGUGCUUCAAGUAUGUGUGAUUUGUCAAAUAGUAGCAAUAGUAGUCAUUGUAAUACAGUUUGUUUUCCUCACUCUGAUGAGGACUGGAACUCUGCAAGUCAAAAGACGAAAGAGGGGGGACAGUCUUUGAAUGGCACAUUCUCAUUGAAAGAAGAAGCAGCUUUACAAGACUAUUCAUUUUUUCAAUUAUCUAAGGAAGAGCUUAUUCAGCGUGUAGUUGAAUUAGAAAGAGAAAAACAAUUAGCAUUAAAUAAAUUAGCUGGAGAUAAGUUAAAAUCACCUACUACUAUCUUAGGAUGUAAUACUACUCAGUCUGAUGGGUCAGAUGAAGAAGAAACUUAUCUAUGUCGUUGGAUAGGCUGUUACUUUACUUCAACAACCUUAAAUCAACUUAUAACUCAUAUAAAAGAUAUUCACAUAGGAAGUGGAAAGGCUGCUUAUUAUUGUGAAUGGUCUUCUUGUCCUAGAAAAAAUAAACCAUUUAUAAAACGACAUAAAAUGCAAAAUCAUAUGCGAACUCACACGGGUGAGAAACCUUUUGAAUGUCAUGUUGAAGACUGUGAUAAAAAAUUCUCGAGGUUAGAUUCUUUAAAUACUCAUAUCAAGACUCAUUCAAAUACUCGACCUUAUACAUGUCCGAUUGAAAAUUGUAAUAAAGCUUAUUUUCAUUCGAGAUCACUUCGUAAGCAUGCAAAAUCACACCCAUCAUCAUCAUCAUCAAAUACUACUAAAGAAUUCAUAAAGAACGCAGGUUCGUCAUUAUCGAAUGAUCCCUUACACAUUGCUACAAUGAUACCAGAAAAAGUGAAUAUCAUCGAUCCCAAUUCUUCUCUGCCUAUUCAUUCUAAGCAACGGCAACUAGACGAUCGUCAUCCUAUCUAUCAACAGAAUAAUCAUGACUUGCAGGUAUCGUCCCAAGAGAUUUUUGUACCCAAUUUUAUUACACCUGUCAUGCGAGGAGAUAUACAACACAUUUCACCUAAUCAUUUAUAUAACGGAACAACAAAUUUGAUUGGGCGACAACAACAACAACAACAACAAACAUUUGCAGCUGGUACUGCCUAUAACAACACCUGCAUUAUUCCCUCAGAAUCUUCUUUUGUCUUUCAUAAUAGUCAACAACAACCGUCUUAUGACUUAUAUUUAUUACCAUCACAACAAAUGCACCACAGCUACAAUUGAAUUUAUUAACUAUAACUAAACUAAACUAUAUAAAUGAUGCCUCUUUUUAUUAUUAAUAAGCAAG